AUGGCUACCUCAUUGAUUUCCAAGAGAUUGCGCUCCACGGAGGAGACUCAGGAUGUUGCACCGAGUUGGAUUCGCCGCCAGAUUACCUCUGGUUUGCAAUGCAUCUCGCGUCGCGCCUGCAUCCAUCCCAUCCACACCAUUGUGGUCAUCGCCCUGCUUGCUAGCACGACCUACGUCGGUCUCCUGGAGGGCAGCCUUUUGGAUACCAAGAACCCUCGGAACGUUGCCGGUCAGGUGGACAUUGAUGCUUUGCUCCAGGGAAGUCGGAGUUUGCGAUUAGGCGAGUCAACCUCGUGGAAGUGGCAAGCGGAGGACACCUGGGUGAACUCGGAGGAGAUCAAUGAGCCCGCGGUAAACCACCUGGCCCUCUCGACCUUCAUUUUCCCCGAUUCCACCUCCCAGUCUGCCCCGUCCAGUGUCAAUGUCCCAUUUCCUUCCAAUCUUUCUGCCUACUCGGUGCCCUACACCCCCAAUCUCUUCACGGCCUUUUCCCACGACUCGGCUCUUGCCUACGCCGUUCCCUUUGAGCAGGUCUCGGACCUACUGAAGUCUGUUCAGGAGAUUUCGGACCCUUCAGCGAAUGAUGCGGAGGCUGAGCCCAAGAAAUGGAUCAUGAAAGCUGCUCGAGGUGCUGCGGGACCACGCACGGCCCUUAUUUUGUGGUUCACCGAUGCAUGGAGCUCUUUUGUGGAUCUCAUCAAGCACGCGGAAACCAUUGAUAUUGUCAUCAUGACCCUGGGAUAUAUCUCCAUGCACUUGAGCUUUUUGUCGCUCUUCUUCUCCAUGCGACGCCUGGGUUCCAACUUCUGGCUCGGUACUACGGUCUUGAUCUCUGGAUCCUUUGCCUUCCUCUUCGGCCUGGUGGUGACCACCAAGCUCGGUGUGCAGAUCAAUCUCCUUUUGCUUUCUGAGGGUCUUCCCUUCUUGGUUGUGACCAUUGGAUUUGAGAAGCCGAUCAUGUUCACCCGGGCCGUUUUGAAGGCAUCGGUGGAUAGCCGUCGCCCUCGUUCGGGUGCCGCUCCCGGCCCGCUGUCCUCUAGCACCCCUGGUUCCAUUCAAGACUCCAUUGCCACUGCCAUCAAGCAGCAAGGUUUCGAAAUUAUCCAGCACUACUGUAUUGAGAUUGGUCUUUUGGCUAUAGGUGCCGCAUCUGGUGUUCAGGGUGGUCUUCAGCAAUUCUGCUUCCUGGCGGCUUGGAUUCUGUUCUUUGACUGUGUGCUACUCUUUACCUUCUACACCACUAUUCUGUGCAUCAAGCUCGAGAUCACUCGCAUUCGUCGCCAUGUCGCUCUGCGCAAGGCUCUUGAGGAGGAUGGCAUCACCCACAGCGUCGCUGAGAGUGUUGCCUCCAGCAGCGACUGGCCCAACGUGGGCUCGGAUGACGGAGUCACCAGCAUCUUUGGUCGUAAGAUCAAAUCGAGCAAUGUUCGUCGGUUCAAAAUCCUCAUGGUUGGUGGUCUGAUUUUGAUCAAUGUCGUUAACCUGUCGGCUAUUCCUUUCCGCAACACUGGCAACGGUGCUUUGCUUUCGCGCCUUUCGAACUUCAUGGCCCCUGCUCCCAUCGACCCCUUCAAGGUCGCUGAGAACGGUCUGGAUGCUAUUUACGUUGCUGCCAAGAGCCAGAAGCAAGAGACACUGGUCACAAUUCUUUCGCCCAUCAAGUACAAACUCGAGUACCCCUCGGUCCACUAUGCGGGUCAGGAAUCUGGCGGCUUCGAUAUCGAGUAUAGCGAGCAGUUCCUUGACUCCGUUGGUGGGAAGGUUCUCGAGAGUCUGCUCAAGAGCGUGGAGGACCCGUUCAUUAGCAAGUGGAUCAUUGCUGCUCUAACUCUGAGCAUCAUUCUCAAUGGAUACCUGUUCAAUGCUGCUCGCUGGAGUAUCAAGGAGCCCGAGCCGGCUCCGGCUCCUCCCACUGAGCCUGCUCCCAAGGUGUACCCCAAGUUCGAGCCCAAUGAGCAGGUGUCUACUCGCUCUGUUGAGGAAUGUGAAUUGAUGCUCAAGGAGAAACGUGCUCCCCAUCUCACUGAUGACGAACUGAUCGACCUGUCCCUACGUGGUAAGCUCCCCGGAUACGCUCUGGAGAAGAGCAUGGAGGAUGAGAACUUGAUGAGUCGCGUGGAUGCUUUCACCCGUGCUGUCAAGAUCCGCCGUGCUGUUGUCUCUCGCACCCCCGCCACCUCCGACAUCUCAGGCUCCCUGGAGCACUCCAAGCUUCCGUACCAGCACUACAACUAUGGUCUGGUCCACGGUGCCUGUUGUGAAAAUGUCAUUGGUUACCUUCCCCUUCCUCUUGGUGUUGCUGGUCCGAUUAAGAUCGAUGGCCGAGACUAUUUCAUUCCCAUGGCUACUACCGAAGGUGUCCUGGUCGCCAGUACUAGCCGUGGCUCCAAGGCUAUCAACGCCGGUGGUGGUGCUGUGACUGUCCUGACCGGCGACGGUAUGACUCGUGGUCCUUGUGUUAGCUUCCCGACCUUGGCUCGGGCUGCCGCCGCUAAGGUUUGGAUUGACUCGGAGGAAGGUAAAAGCAUCAUCUUCUCAGCUUUCAACUCGACCAGUCGUUUUGCUCGCCUUCAGACUCUCAAGACCGCGCUUGCUGGUACCUACCUGUACAUUCGUUUCAAAACCACCACCGGUGACGCCAUGGGUAUGAACAUGAUUUCCAAGGGCUGUGAAAAGGCCCUCGAUGUCAUGUCCAAGGAGUGCGGUUUCGAUGAUAUGUCCAUUAUCUCUCUGUCUGGCAACUUCUGUACCGACAAGAAGGCCGCUGCUAUCAACUGGACUGAUGGCCGUGGUAAGUCGGUCGUGGCUGAGGCUAUUAUCCCUGGAGAUGUUGUCAAGAGUGUUCUGAAGAGCGACGUCAGCGCUCUGGUCGAGCUGAAUAUCAGCAAGAAUUUGAUUGGAAGUGCUAUGGCUGGUGCCCUGGGUGGUUUCAACGCCCACGCUUCCAACAUUGUUGCUGCCAUUUUCCUGGCUACUGGUCAAGAUCCUGCCCAGGUGGUUGAGAGCAGCAGUUGUAUCACGACGAUGAAGAACAACAACGGUAACCUCCAGAUCGCGGUUUCGAUGCCUUGUAUUGAGGUGGGUACCAUCGGUGGUGGUACUAUCCUUGAGGCCCAAGGUGCCAUGCUGGACUUGCUCGGCGUUCGUGGAGCCCACCCCACCAACCCCGGUGAGAACGCCCGCCAGCUCUCUCGUAUUAUCGCCGCCUCUGUCCUUGCCGGUGAGCUCAGUCUUUGUGCUGCGCUCGCCGCCGGACACCUUGUCAAGGCCCACAUGGCCCACAACCGCAGUGCGGCGCCAACUCGGUCGUCGACCCCGGUGUCAUCAGCCGUAGGAGCCGCCCGCGGCCUUUCCAUGACCUCCAAAUAA